AUGACCGAUGACUUGGGAUUCCGUCUGGCUUCCUGCUCGGCAUUGACUAAGAACCCGGAUAUGCACGUGGGAACGGUCUUUCCAUGUUCGGCUAUUCUGUUCUUCUGUGUCCCUGGCCUGCUGGCAGCCUCCCCAGACUCGCAGCUGCCGACGCUGGACGGCCCGUGUUACCUCUACCGGGGUUACUAUUAUACUUAUGUCCCAAAGGAACACCAGUGGGCUGCUGCAGAGAAAUUGUGCCGACAAAGGUUUGGAUUUCUGGCCACUAUCGCGACAGUUGACGAUAACCAGAAAACAACAAGCUUCAUGAAGUCCAUUGGUGUGGAGGAGACAGUGUGGAUUGGUGCCAAAGUAAAAGAGGCGGGUCCUGGUACCUUUGGAUCACACAUUCUGACAUUUUCUACCAAAACUGACACCAAAUAUGCCAAACUUCUCAGGCAGUUUCCUCAAAUGCAUUCAGUGACUAUUUGUGCUCAAGUGCAAUUUGAUUCAAGUUAUGUGGGAGUUUCCACUGUAUUUUCCUAUUCAAUACCAUCAUUUAUCAAUGAGUUUCAGCUGCGUGCUAACAUUGUCCAUGAUCAACAAAUCCAACUUGCUUUGCUGGUCCACGGUGUCCACACUCCUUACUCUCAAGCUGUGAAGAAUGAUGGUAGAUGGCAUCAUGUGUGUUUGAGCUGGACCAGCCAUGGUGGUAGCUGGGCUAUUGCAGCAGAUGGAUCCGUCACUGCAUCUGGAGAUCAUCUUUAUAUUUCUGAAGAUAUUGGAGCCGGUGGAGUUUUCAUCAUCGGACAAGAGCAAGACACAUUUGGCGGAUCGUUUAAGAAGGAUGAAUCUUUUAUUGGGAAUAUUACACAACUCCACAUCUGGGAUCGUCUUUUGAAUGCCAGUGAGAUUCAGGCUUUAGCAGGAGAUUGUGUGGUUGUUCCACUGGGAUUAUAUUUUCAAUGGAACCUCUCUGCCUUUGAGAUUGAGUCAACAGUGCAUGUGCACAAGGGAUUUUCCCAGUGUAAAGAUUAUCUUUUGCUGAACAGAAGUGAUUAUCCACCAGAUGUGAUGAGUGCAGAUUAUGUCACCAAUGAGCUACUGCAAGCGGCUGAUGAAAGCCAUGCUAGACUGACGUCUGUUGACUUGCUAGCACUGAUAAGGUUUCUUGGAAAUGUUGCUGAACUGGAUUUUGAGACAGAAGCAAAUAAUUCAAAAGCAGUUUUGAGCUUGGCUGCUAACUACGUUAAAUUGGCAAGCAAAGUCAUUGAUCCCAAAUGUUCCAUGGAAUGGCUCAUAAUAUCUGAGGUGAUCCCUGGUCCAUAUGUCAUAAUUCAAAGUAUUGAUAUGCUGACUGAAAAACUUUCUGGUAUUUUGCUUUCCAUUAAACCAAGUAUUGUCCUGUCAACAGAUAAUAUAGAUGUGCAGAUGAAAGCAAGUCAGUUGUCUAGUUUGGAAAAUGGUCUUAUUUACAAACCAACAUGUCUUUCUGCUCGGGACCGAGUGGAUGAAGUCCGGGUUCCUGGUUCAGAGAUAUCUAGGCUCUUCACAUCAGGCUACGAGGACUUGAUAUUUAUACAUGCUUACUACCGGAGUGUAGAACAUCAUUUGGCACCUCACAAUGUACUAGUAGCUGGGCGGACAGACAGAAGUGAAAACAACCGAUACAACUUGAUAUAUUACGAUUCUAAUUUGCAAGCAAGCCAGCUACAAACGGCUGUUAUCUCGUCAACUGUUCGUGAUCCAGUCCGAGGGAGAAACAUUCCCACUGCUGUGCAGUACUCUCUCUCGCACAGAGCUGUGGUUGGAUUUUCUAAAUUUGCCAUUCCAGCAUGUGUAUUUUGGAAUUUCAGUCUUCAAGAUGGACGUUAUGCCGGAUGGUCAAGCCAGGGUUGCCAAGUGGUCCAGUUUGAGUCGGAAAUCACAGUCUGCUUUUGUAGCCAUACAACUAACUUUGCUGUGUUGAUGCAGUACACCGAGAUACAGUGGGGCGUGGAAACGGAGAUGAUUUUAAAUAAACUGACGUUCAUCGGAUCUGGAGCCUCCCUGUGUGCCCUAUUGGUGACCUUGAUUCUUUUCACUGUACUGGAUAUUCCAAAAUCUGAUCGAACCUCCAUUCACAAAAACUUGUUUGUGGCUCUGAUUGCAGCACAGGUAGUGUUACUGAGUAGCAACUCGGCAACAGACAAUGAGACUGCCUGCACCGCUGUUACUGCGCUCCUGCAUUUAUUCUUUAUGGCCGCUUUUGCGUGGAUGAUGGUGGAGGGGCUGCUUCUCUGGAGUAAAGUAGUAACUGUCAAUUUGAGUGAGGAACGGAGAAUGAAAUAUUACUACCUUAUUGGAUGGGGUAUUCCGGUUCUUAUAGUAACUAUCACACUGGCAGCAGCGCACGACAAGUACAUUGCCGAUCGGUACUGCUGGCUGAAUGUCCACAAUGGAGUAAUCUGGGCCUUUGUUGGGCCAGUGAUCUUCAUUAUUAUGGUGAACAUGUUUGUGCUUACACGAGUUGUGCUGAUCACCAUGUCAACAGCUAAACGGCGUGCCAUCAUGCUUGCUGUUAACAGCAGUCCGAUGGAGCAAGCCUACGAUCAGAUAAGGACUGCUGUGAAGGCGGUGCUGGUACUGUUGCCCAUUUUGGGACUCACGUGGCUCUGUGGAGUACUUGUUCCAUUUUCUGUUGUGAUGGCGUAUAUCUUUGUGAUACUGAAUUCCCUGCAGAUCUUCCAUGACGACGAUUAUGUCAAGGUGUCGUGUUAA